AUGUCAGUGUCCUUUCUCUUAGUGGUCUGUUUCCUCGCCCUUGUUCUGAAAGGGGUUCUUCUGAGUACAGUCAGCCGUGUAGCUCAGGGCUCCAGACUUAUCAAAAGCAGGGGAAGGGAGCAUAAAGGGACCAAAUUCCGUCUCAAUGACCAAUUUCCAAGGGAGAUAAACGAACAUCGUAAGAGACUGUAUCCGGGACGAAGACAACAAAGGGAGAAUGGUACAUGGGAGGCCAACACAGUGUGCGAGUCUGACACCCUGUGUGAUCCUGCUGGCCUUGUGUCCUCCACCAACCCAGAGGCUCAUAUUGGCAACCGCCGCCUAUCACCUGGGUCUGGCAACUGUGGUGGAGGAGGUGGAGGCUGCCCAACUGGGGUUGACCAGCAGCCCUGCCAAGAAUCACCCCAGGCCCUCGAGGGCAACCUGAACGGACCCACCCAUGUACAUGCCUUCACUUACCGUAGAGACAGAGAUCGUAGAGGCCAGCACAAAGGCCGUGGCCCUCGCAGAGAGGGGCCCAGGGGGGCAGGGCGUGUAGCAGAUAGGCCCCCGAAGCAGAGCCAGAAGGAGAGGUGGGUGGAGGACAGCCUGUCUCUACUCAAGCACCCACCUGCUUUUCCAGUGCAGGACAGCCCUGCCAAGCUGCAGCCAACCAUCAGCUAUGCCUCGAAAGUGAAGUCAGGGGCGGUGGGUGGAGUGCUGGAGGAGGAGGGCCGCCCAGCUAUCGGUGUCCUGCUGCAGAACCAGUGGGGACUUAGUUUCAUCAGUGAGGUCCUCCAAGCCACAGAGGGUUCAGUUCCCUCUCCUGCCCCCAUAGCAGCACCUCAGCUCACAUUUGGAGGUGAAACCACCAACCCAACACAAGAGAGGCAGCACAUAGUCCAGGCCAGUGGUGAAAUCCCAGUUCCUGUCACUACCUCAAUCUCCAUUGACCAGUACAGAGAAGAGGAAGCAAAGAUCAAUGGGAAGCUGCUUCUCACCUGUCACCAUCUAAAGGAGGCUCUGCACUAUCACACAAUAGAAUGGAAUGUCACCUGCAACAAACAGAAAGAAGAUCCCAAUAAGGUAGUUUGGUAUAAGAACUCCCUGGACCAGCCAGCCUAGUGACUCAUGGACCUGUCUGCCACAACACACACCCCCACACACACACCCCCACACGCACUCAGGUCGAUGUCUUUACACAAAGCCACACUGAGACACUUUGGACUAACUCCUUGAUGAGAUCCACAACUAGGGACUUUUCUAACGCCUUCAAAGGCCUGCCUUAAUGAAUUGGACCUGGAGUUCCUAUCGGCUCAAAAUGAUUCGUUUUAAUGUCGUGUUGAGCUGGUCUUUUUUUUAACAAUCUUAAGAGCUGUCAUUUUAUUGUGAGGAACUGCAGUUUUAUCAGACAUUUUCUGUUUUGUCCUCUGUUGUAAGGGAUCCGUCAAGCACUUUCUAAUCUGUUGUGACCAAUCCUUGGUACUCCUACCCUACCAGGUGUUUAUUUUUUUCACAAAUUUGAAAAUGUGUUAUACCUGCUUCAUUUGACCGUAUUUUACACGGGACAGAUGUGUAAUCAUGUCUCCAGUUUACAGGGGUGCAGACAGCACAAUAAGAAGGCACCCUUCCCCUGUCUGAUCCUAAUGCUGUUUUAUUUUGUACCCUGAUUGGGUGAAUGUUACUCAUGAAUCCAUAUGAUUACUCAUGAUCACACUAGCUCAGUUUUAUGAUUUGAAAUGUAUAAAAAAUACACUGGAGGAUAAGUGAACAGUAUUGCAUAAUAAAAUUGAAUGAACUUGA